CUCCACCACGACUGCCAUGACGGAACCAACAGCAGCCAGCUUCAGCCGCACACAAGUCGACGAGCCUCAAAUAUGGCUUCGCCUUCCCUUCGACCAGAAGCAUUCAAAUCUGCUCCCCACGGAUUUACUUGAGCUUCUAUCAGCAUAAUACCCAUCUCCCUUCGCAAACGUACGACCUUGCGAUUCUCGCGGCACACCACAACUACGUCAUCGCCAAUGAGCGCCCAAACCCUCCCAACACCUCCCACCAGCCCUCCUCCUCCGGACUACUCGUCGGAACCAGUCCCCACAUACUCGGCGACCGACGAUGAUUCCCUCUUCGCCCGAAUCGAGCAGUCCACCGCCGUGAACAUCCCAAUCCUGCACGCCCCCGCCCAGAAUUGGGAAGCCGAGUUCUCCCGGCGCUUCCACGACGGGCAGAUACUCAACCCCGGAAACGAAACAUACUUCCUCGAGACCGAUAUUGUCGAGUCCUUCUUCGGCUCCAUCGAGGCCGGCCGGGAUGAUCUCGUCGCCGAAUUCGUGUCCCGCGGCCUCGUGUCUCCGGACGUCACAAGGCGGAACGGCGAGACGCCGCUCCUGGCUGCUGUGCGCGUGGGUAAAAUCCCCAUGGUCAGCAGGCUCGUAGCCCUGGGCGCAACUGUGAAUGCCUUCGGCGUCUCUACGAUUGCUGCCAACAAUGGCGGCACCCCUUCAUACCCGAAGCGCACGUCGUUGCAACUGGCCGCCGAGAAUGGACACCUAGCCUUGGUCAAGGUCCUGAUGGAGGACUACGGCGGCGACGAUAGCCUAGUUGCCCCCGACGGCGCCAUCGCGCUACGACUCGCCGCCAUGAACGGCCAUCGCGACAUCGUCCAGUACCUGCCCGCCCGGCGUGUCGGCGCAUGGCUCCGGUGGAAGACGGCGCACGAGGCCGAGAUGAAGCGGGUGCGACGGGCAUUGGGGCACAUCGCCGCGUUCUUCAAGGUGAUUUUCUGGGAGAUCCCAAGGUUCUUCGUCUACGUAAUCCCCAAGGAAAUCGGAAAAUCGGUGUGGAAGGGUCGCCAUAAAGUUGCCGCGUGGUGCAGGCGAUGCAAGGACACAAUUGUCAAGCUACCCGGGCGCACCAAGCGGUUCGCCGCGAACCUGCCCGGCCAUGUGAAGAACGGAGCGAAGUGGGCCUGGGAGGGCAUCAAGGGGAUUCCUGCCUUCCUGAAGAAGAUGAUCAAGGAGAUUUCUCGCGCAGUGAAGGAAUUCGCGCAGGGGACUUGGAAGGUGAUGAAGGAAAUUCCUCCCUUGUUGAAGGAGAUCGCCAAGGGAACUUGGAAACACAUCAAAGCCAUCCCCGGAGUCAUCAAGGUGAUCUUUCUGUGGAUUGGCCGUGGCUUAAAGAACAUCGGCGAGGCUGUCUUUAACGUGGUGGCUCGGUUCGUCUCCUUGCUACAUACGGCUAUAUCUGCUGUAUUCUCCUUCUUCCGCAGCAUCACCCUGAAGGACAUCUGGGACGGCUUCUGCUCACUGCUCCGGGCCAUCUUCAUCGACACGCCCCACGCCAUUUUCCGCUUCAUCAUAUCGGUUGGUGAUAUGACCUACGACGUGCUCAAGGGCCUGUUUGGCUUCUUUGGGCAGCUCGCGUGGUACAUCGGAGCCGGAAUCUUGUGGCUCAUCACUUUUGUUCCCCGAAAACUGUGGCAAUGCCUCGCGGCCGUCGGACGGUCGAUACAACGCGCGUUCCAGGAGGUGAUGGCGUACCUGGAUCCCAAGCGGAUGUAAGACGGCUGCCUUUGUAGUUCGAGUUGUACCGAGUAUGGAAUGGGAGAAUGUGGCUCUGAUGGGUUGAAGGGGCAGUCGACAUGGUCAAAGCAGCGUGCAAGGUUGGCGGACAGGUCUCACAUUUGUGUAAUAUAUUACGUCAAGAUACCAUGAUACUUAGAGAUGAAAUGAUGUAAAAUUUUGCUAUCUUAGGGGUCAUAGUAAAGGUUUCCAUACAGACCCUAAAUCACUAAGAAAAGGGUUUUAGGCUUAAGCACUUAUUGGAUGCUUUGUUGACUUUUCUGCA